UCUGACGCUCCACAAACCAUCAUGGGUUUGUUAAACAUGAUACGUAGAACAGCGCUGUUAUGGAUAACGCUGUCUCUUGAGCUCGCCGCCACACAAACCACACUUCUUCCAGCGAUGACCAUCCAACCAUUUGCUGUAACCCAAAUGAUUUCAGGAUUGAGUUCACAACACAACGAGCUGGUUUGUAGUACGUGGGGUAACUACCAUUACAAGACGUUCGAUGGAGACGUCGUUCAGCUGCCGACCACCUGUAACUACAUCCUCACCUCACACUGUCACAACAGCUAUGAAGAUUUCAACGUUCAGCUGAGACGUCGGGUGAUGAACGGUGAACCAACCAUCAGCAGAAUCAUCAUGAAACUGGAGGGCACCGUGGUCCAGAUCACCAAAGACUCUGUCAGUGUCGGUGGACAAACAGUGACACUGCCGUUCAGCAGCUCUGGAGUUUUAAUCGAGAAGUUGUCCAGUUAUAUUAUGGUGAAAGCGGUUUUUGGUCUCGUUGCCAUGUGGAAUGAAGAUGACGCUUUCAUGGUCAGGUUAGAUGAGAAAUACAAAAACCAAACAUGUGGACUCUGUGGCGACUUCAAUGGAAUCCAGCAGUUCAAUGAAUUCAUCAGCGAUGGAUCUGCGAUGACUGUGUCUGAAUAUGGAAACCAUUGGAGGAUGGAUGAUCCAACAGAAAUCUGUGAGGAAGAUGAUAUGUCUCACGAUGAGAACUGUGGAGAUGAGACGUUUUGCCGUUAUGUCUUCACCAGUCAAGUGUUCAGCGAGUGCAGCGGUCUGGUGUCCAUCGAGUCUUUCGUCCAAGUUUGCAUGAAAGAUUUGUGUCACUGCAACAUCUCUGGAAGCUUCUGUCUGUGCAAAACCAUCGCUGAAUACUCCAGACAGUGUGUGCACGCAGGCGGCAAACCCGCAGAAUGGAGAACAGACCAUUUCUGCCCUCAUCCGUGUCCGAACAGCAUGGUGCAUCAAGAGUGUGGAAAUCCGUGUACGGACACCUGCUCGAAUCCUGAGAGAGGACAACUGUGUGAACAGCACUGUAUCGAUGGAUGCUUCUGUCCUCCGGGCACUGUUUUUGAUGAUAUGAACCAGUCUGGCUGUAUACCCCUCCAUGAAUGCCCCUGCGUGUUCGGAGGCAAAACAUUUGCUGCCGGGGAAAAUUACACAAGCACCUGCAGAGACUGCACGUGUGCUCAGGGUGAAUGGAGCUGUGCUCAGAAGGACUGUCCUCACUCAUGCUCAGUGGAGGGCGGAUCUCAUAUCACCACGUAUGAUGGAAAAGCCUACACUUUUCAUGGAGACUGUACUUAUGUGCUGUCCAAACAAUGCACAGACACAGAUUUCACAGUUCAGGGGGAUCUGGUGAAGUGUGGCGUGACGGACACAGAGAGCUGUCUGAAGGCCGUUACUUUAGCUCUGUCUGAAGGAACGACUGUGAUCAAAGUGGAUUCAAGUGGAAAUCUUGAGAUCAACAGAAUCAUUUCUCAGAUGCCCUUUUUCACGGCUGACGUCAGCAUUUUCAAGCCCUCGUCGUUCUACAUCGUCAUUCAGGCCAAUUUGAUUGGGCUUCGGUUAGAGAUCCAGCUGGUGCCAUUAAUGCAAGUUUACAUCACGACGGAUUCGGCGUACCAAGGACAAACAUGUGGUCUUUGUGGCAAUUUCAACAACAUUGAGGCCGAUGACUUUACGACCAUCGGUGGACUGAGAGAAGGAACGGCCGUCGAUUUCGCCAACACCUGGAAAACUCGAGCCAGCUGCCCUGAGAUCAAGAGAAGCUUUGAGAAUCCCUGCAGUCUGAGCAUUGAAAAUGAGAAAUAUGCCCAGCACUGGUGUGCCCUGCUGUCAGACCCUUCCGGACUCUUCGCUCCCUGUCACACUGAAGUCAGUCCGGAUGUUUAUCAAGCAAACUGUAUAUACGACAGCUGUAACUGUGAGAGGACGGAGGACUGCAUGUGUGCCGCGCUGUCGUCAUACGUACACGCGUGUGCUGCCAGAGGAAUUCUGCUGGACGGCUGGAGAGACGUCACCUGCAAAAAGUACACCACGAUUUGUCCGGUCAGCACGGUCUACUCUUACAACAUGACCAGCUGUGACCGCACCUGUCGAUCUCUUGGUCAAUCAGACAGCACCUGCGCGAUUGCCUUUGUGCCGGUGGACGGCUGCGGCUGCGCAGACGGCACGUUCAUGAAUGAGAAUGAGGAUUGUGUUGCCUCUGUCAACUGCUCAUGUUAUGAUUCAGGCAAAAGUAUAUCACCAGGAGAUGUCAUCUCGAUAGACGGACGAUCAUGUGUGUGUGAGGAGGGAAAACUGAGCUGCUCUGGAGGACACACUGGAGAAGAAUGUGUCGCACCUAUGACGUUCUUCAACUGCUCCAGCGCGCCCUCGGGUUCCACAGGAUCCGAGUGUCAGAAGAGCUGUAACACAUUCGACAUGGCCUGCAUCAGCACAGAGUGUGUGUCCGGGUGUGUGUGUCCCUCUGGACUGGUGUCCGAUGGAAAUGGCGACUGUAUACCUGAAGAUCUGUGUCCCUGCUAUCACAAUGGAGUUGCGUAUCAACCCGGGGAAAGCAUUUUCGCUGAGUGUAAUACAUGCACAUGUAAUGAGAGAAGAUGGCAGUGCACCGAGCACCAGUGCAGCGGAACAUGCAGCAUUUACGGAGACGGCCAUUAUCAUACGUUUGAUGACAAAAGAUACGUCUUUGGUGGAAGCAGUGAAUACAGCGUGGUUCAGGAUUAUUGCAGCAACAAUAACGUGAACGGCUCGUUUCGAGUGGUGACUGAAAAUAUUCCCUGCGGAACCACCGGCACCACCUGCUCCAAGGCCAUCAAGCUAUUUCUCGGAAGCAAUGAGCUGAGACUGACGGAGGGAACCUAUCAAGUUGUCCAGAGGGAUGCCGGAGAGGAGAUUCCUUACCAGAUACGCAGCAUGGGACUUUACAUGGUGAUCGAAGCAAAUAAUGGACUGAUGCUUAUAUGGGACAAAAAAACGACUAUACACGUCAAGCUGAGUCCGGAGUUCAGUGGUCGUGUGUGCGGUCUGUGUGGAAACUAUGACGGGAACGCGAACAAUGACUUCACUACCCGCAGUCAAGCGCUUGCCGUCGAUGUCCUGGCUUUUGGAAAUAGUUGGAAGCUUUCAAGUGGCCCGGAUGCAACUCUCACCGAGGAUCCUUGUGUACAUAAUCCCUACAGGGAGGCUUGGGCACAGAAACAGUGCAGUAUAAUAACCAGCAGUGUCUUCUCAGCCUGUCAUCCACAGGUGGAUCCAUCUUCAUUCUACGACGCUUGUGUGAGAGACUCUUGCGCUUGUGACAGCGGUGGAGAUUAUGAAUGUUUCUGUACGACUGUAGCCGCUUACUCUCAAGCCUGUAAUGAAGCCGGAGCCUGCGUCGUCUGGAGAACUCCAAAAAUAUGCCCGCUGUUCUGUGAUUAUUACAACCCACCUGGUGAAUGCGAGUGGCACUACAAACCUUGCGGAGCUCCGUGUAUGCACACCUGCAGAAACCCGUCUGGAAAUUGCUCAAGUCAAAUACCAGCGCUUGAAGGUUGCUAUCCUCAAUGCCCUCCGGAGCAGCCUAUUUUUGAUGAGGAUAACAUGAAAUGUGUCGUACAGGAAGAUUGUGGCUGCUAUGAUGGACUGAUACAUUAUGAGACAGGCCAGCAGGUGCCAACCACAGACAACUGUCAGUCAUGCACCUGCUCUGAGUUUGGCAUUAUAUGUGACUUUGAUGUUUAUGCAUGCACAUGCAUUUACAAUGAUGUACAGUACCGCUAUAAUGACAUCAUUUAUCACACAACGGAUGGACUGGGAAGUUGUAUCACAGCCAUAUGUUCAGCCAAUGGAACUAUAGAGAGAACUUUUAUGCCUUGUGAGACAACUGGUGUUCCAACAACUUCCUCCCCCCCGACUACAACACCAAUCCCAACAACUGUUUUUGUCUUCAGCACACCAGAAAAUACUUCACCUGAAACAGAAGAACACACAACCACAUCUCAAGGCAUUUUCUCCACAUCCAGGAAGCCAGACACGAUGGCUACAAGUGGGAAUACAAGUCAACCAGCAACAACUGAAGCUAUUGUAACUGCUUCUACUAAGGAGCCCAAAUAUUCAACUGAAAAACAAUUAUCAAUAAAUACUACAUUAUCACCAAAAUCAACAUCAACACUGUCCACAACAGCACCAAAAACAGAAACUGAAAGUUCCACAGAGAUGGAAAAUACAAGCAUGACUACAUCAAAAACUUCAAUUGCACCUAUUACAAAAACACUUGCAACCAUCACUGGGGAAAUAUUCACAACAAGUUCUGCAACAUCUACAUCCACACUAGAGACAACUGAGGAACAGAGAACAACAGAGACUGUGUCUUCCACCACUAGACCACCAAACAAUUCAGAUGAUGUUGAU